AUAACUCUCACCACCACCAACACCACCCAAUCCACCACAUUCAAUACCACUACUCCCGCCACCAUCGAUACCACUACUUCCACCACCAUCAACACCACUACUCAAACCACCAUAAACACAACUAUGCCAACCACCAUCAACACCACUAAUACCACCACAAUCAACACCAUUAAUCUCACCACCAUCAAUAACACUACUCCAAACACUAUCAACACCACUACACCCACCGCCAUCAACACUAUUACUCUCACCACUAUUUCCACCUUCAUCAGCACCAUUAAUCCCACCAUUAUUAACACCACUACUUCCAUCACCAUCAACACAUCUAAUUCCACCGACAUCAACACCAUAUCUCCCACAACCAUCAAUACUACAUCUCCCACCACCAUCAACACCACAUCUUCCACCACCAUCAACACCACAUCUUCCACCGACAUCAACACCACUUCUCCCACCGACAUUAACACCACUUCUUCCACCACCUUAAGUCCCACUUCUCCCACCACCACCAACACCAAUUCACCCACCACCAUCAACACCACUACUCUCCCCACCAUCAACACCACUACUGCCACCACAACCACCACCACCACCACCACCACCAACAACAACAACAACAAUAUUUCCACCACCACCAACACCAUUAAAUCCACCACCAUUAAUACCACUACUUCAACAAUCACCAACACCGCUAUUCCCACUAUCGUCACGACCGCAAUGACGACGACAUUGCCUCCUGUCACUGAGACUUCUUCUAUUGCGUCUACCAUCUCCGCAACGACAGCGCUGACGACAACCGUAACUCCUACAACCGCUAAGACGACGGCAUUCCCUCCUGUCUCUGCGACCAAUCCUAAUGCGUCUACCAUCUCCACAACGAUCAGGCCGACGACCACUGACGUCGAUGAGUGUCAAACAGAUGUAUGUAAUGAUCCAAACGCUUUGUGUGCUAACCUACCAGGAUCCUAUGAAUGUUACUGCAAGAGAGGCUUUCUGGUAGAAGAUGUUUCAAGAUUGUGUACAAAUGCUUCGAUAGUUUUAGCGAAGUAUGAACACUUAGACCUCCAAAUCACAUUGAACAUUUCCAUUGGACAAGAUGCCAACUUUUCGUCCAACGGAACGUUUGCGGUGGUUGCAAGGAAGGUAACGUUAUCGUUAUGGAAAUACAUGCGGCGUUUUCUUCAGGAUUCAGGAUUCAAAAUUGUUGUUACCGCUUUAAGAAAAGGGAGCAUACAAGUAGACUUUACACUUUACUACGCUAAAAACGCGUCUGCAUGGGUCACAAAUGCCUUAGUGGGUCUUGCAAGUGGAACAAGCGUUAACUAUGAAGAACAAAAUGUAACAGCAUCAUCAGAACAACUUUCUAACGCAACCAUGCUGUGUGGCUUGUACGAAGACCUCGUGGGAAAAUGCGCAUACGGAACGCCGUGUGCCAUCAUAGAUGGUAAACCUGCAUGUGCCACAGCGGCCUCAAACAACAUGAAGCUUAUCGCUGGUGUUUCUGUUGCAUGUGGGUCACUCUUUGCAAUAGCCAUAUUGACAACAAUAUAUGUAGUGGUAAAACGAAAGGGGAAAAAUCGCUAUAGUUCAAAGGGACACACCGAGCAGGCAUUUCGGAAUUCCCCAUUUGAUGCACACCUGUCCGGACGUGAAGCAGAAGACUCAACUAACAUGACGUGGCAAGGCAUGGCUCUCAAACUCUUCCCGAAUUAUUAUUUUCAGAUUCCGAGACUCAAUCCCAACAACGUGUCACGUGAUUCUAAGAGUUGAUAUACUGACAAAUGAAAUAAGACUACAGACGCAAGAACUAUAAUCAACAAAUUCACAAACUCAGUUUUCGAUUUACGCUUUUCGGUGGCCAUAAACAAGGAUAACAUUGUGUAUAAAAAAGCUACACGAAAUUUAACUAGCCAGUUUGAAUGCUAACUACUGAUUUGUACACUUUAAUACAUUCAUAAUGUUUUUGCAAAUGUUAUAUCUAUUUUGUAUGCGUUGUUUUUUUCAUAAACAUAUGUGAGAAAAAACAUAUAUUAAUGUGGUACACUUGUUUCGAGCAGUAGUACAACGUGUUUACGACAAUCAUUUUGUCGUUAAAUGUAUUUAACACUUUUCAUUUGUAAUAAUAGCAAGGUGAUUCGCGAAUAAAUCGAAUAUAGUACAUUCGUCAUAUUCCUUUCUAUAUUAGAAACGCACAUCAUAUAUUAUUUCAAUAAAAGCAUUUUAAAUGUAAACUAAGAAUGCUCAAAUUAAUGUUUGAGAUUUGUUGUUGUGUUUUUGUACAAUUAUAUUCAAGAUAAACAUAUUAGGGAAAAUGCUUAAUUUACAGAGCCAAAUAUGUGCAAGUACGUGUAUAACCCAGUAAAAAGGGGACACCUUAUACAGAUGACAAUCAUGCAAUUAAUACCAAAAAUACGAACUAUAUACAAAACAGUAAACAGUAUAUAAUUGGGUUUUUUGACAAAAAUCUUCAUGAAUUUGGAAAAUCACAAUAUUGCCCAAAUGCAGGUUAUGAAUAAACAUUGUUUAUGUUAACCGGUUAUGUUAUGGAAGUAAAGUUUUUGAAUUAGCAAUUAAAAGGCUUUACACUUAUGCUAAGCAAGCUAUGUCUGUGAAUGAUGAAUCUGGUUACACAAUGCAAGUGAAUGUUAUAAUUAAUACAUAAUUUUAGUCGACCUACUCCCACUUGUAAAAAUUCAUGCAUAUAUUUUUUACAAUAAAUUAGCUUUAUUG